AUGCCCCUCAGCCUCUUCCGGCGCCUUCUCCUUGCCGCUCUGCUGCUGGUGAUCGUCUGGACCCUCUUUGGGCCCUCGGGUUUGGGGGAGGAGCUGCUGAGCCUCUCACUAGCCUCCCUGCUCCCAGCCCCCGCCUCACCAGGGCCGCCCUUGGCUCUGCCCCGCCUCUUGAUCCCCAACCAGGAGGCCUGCAGGGGUCCCGGCGCACCUCCUUUCCUGCUAAUCCUGGUGUGCACGGCCCUAGAGAACGUGAACCAGAGAAACGCCAUUCGCGCCUCGUGGGGCAGGCUGCGCCAAACGCGGGGACUCAGGGUGCAGACACUUUUUCUGCUGGGAGAGCCGAGUGAACAGCACCCCGGUUCGAGCUCCCACGGGAACGACCUGGCGAGGGAGUCAGCGGCCCACGGGGACAUCUUGCAAGCGGCCUUCCAGGACUCCUAUCGCAACCUCACCCUCAAGACCCUCAGCGGGCUGAACUGGGCUGACAAACACUGCCCCAUGGCCCGCUACGUUUUCAAGACGGACGACGAUGUGUAUGUCAACGUCCCAGAACUGGUAUCAGAGCUGGUCCUGCGAGGGGGCCAUUGGGAACAAUGGGAGAGGGGCAGGGAGCCCCAGAAAGAGGCUGCGGUUGAUGAGGCACGGGAAGACGGCAGCCAGGCAGUCCCCCUUCUGUACCUGGGCCGCGUGCACUGGCGGGUGAACCCCUCUCGGACAGCAGGGGGCCGGCACCACGUGUCAGAGGAGCAGUGGCCUCAAACCUGGGGUCCCUUUCCACCCUAUGCCUCUGGCACGGGGUAUGUGCUGUCAUUGUCUGCUGUGCAACUCAUUCUGAAAGUGGCCAGCCGGGCACCCCCUCUGCCAUUGGAGGAUGUCUUUGUGGGGGUGAGUGCCCGCCGAGGAGGCCUUGCCCCAACCCACUGUGUCAAGCUAGCUGGCGCCACCCACUAUCCCCUGGACCGGUGCUGCUAUGGGAAGUUCCUUUUGACGUCCCAUAAGUUGGACCCCUGGGAGAUGCAGGAAGCCUGGAAGUUGGUGGGCAGCUCUGAUGGGGAAAGGACCGCGCCCUUCUGCUCCUGGCUACAGGAAAUCCUGGGCAUCCUGCGGUGUCGGGUCAUAGCCUGGCUUCACAGCUGAAGAGUGUCUGGGGCCACAGGAUAGACAUGGGGAGCAGACAUUCUCUCUCCCAGGCCCAAGACAGAGGCCCUAGCUGGCUGCAGCUUAUCAGUUUCCUCAUACCAGACCCUCAGUCUGCACCAAAGACAGGGAUAUAGGAAACACCUAGGGGCCUGGCCUGCCAGCCCCAAAGAUGGUCAGAAAAACAGUGCUGGGGUUGUUCUCUCCAGCCGGGGCAGGAGGGGGGCAUAACCCCCUCAAUAAACUUGUCUCUCCACCU